CAAAGCUAUACACCUCCAUAUGUACAAACAAUAAUGAUUUACAAAUUGGAUGUGUUUUGUGUCAUUGGUAUCUUAGCAUAUUUCAGGAGAAUUAAUGGAAAGUGUGAAGGUGAAGACGGAGUAAAUUGCUGUGCAGGUUUUCGAUGGAGCCAGGCCACCCAACAGUGUGUAGAAUGUUUACCCGGAUAUUUUGGAAUCAACUGCUCCGCCACGUGUUUUUUUCCAAGCUAUGGACGACACUGCCAAAAACUGUGCAAUUGUUCAUCAGAACUAUGUGAUUUUUCCACAGGGUGUUUUAUCCUUCAAUUUCUGAAGAGAUGUCGUCGGCCAAAAACAUAUUGAAUGGCACUAUUAAAGUGAUUCAAUCAAAGAAAAAUUCUGCUCCUGGAGAAACCGUACAUUAUGAUACAUUGACUUCUUCUACGAGUUCUACAGACAACCCUGGAGAUGACGAGAACAGAGGAACUGUCCAUUUUACAGUCUUAGGUGACAUUAGACCAAUUCUUUAUGCAAUAUUUUCUGUCAUUGUGUUAUUUUGCACGCUUGUUUCCGUGUAUAUUUUUGGCAAGAAAUUUAGAAAUUCGCAAUGCAAUAAACAUGAUGUUGAUAAGGAUGGAAAUACACAUGAUACUGGAUUAUAUCAGGAAAUAGAUACUUUCAACAGGUUUGAUCAAAACGUUUCCUACAGUGUGUGUAUGGAAAAUAAUGAAGAAAUGUUAGAGGAAAGUUCGAAAUCCAGCGAUAGCCAAAGUGAUGCGGAAAGCAAUGAUAUAAAAGAGAUUACUAGAGACAGCACGGACGUAAAAGCAAUUAAUACUACUUGACAAGUUGACAUUUAUUUGUAAAAAAAAAAUUUCCUUCUUUUUCUUGUAUAGACUAUGUAUUAGAUGUAAUUAAUUGUUGUUUAGUUGUUUUUUAUUUAUUUAUUUAUUUUUUUGUUUUUUGUUUUUUUUUUUGUAAUUAGACAAAUAGCAUGUCUGCUUUGUGCAUGCAAUUUUUCAUUUUAUUUUCUGAACUAUUGUAUACAGGUUUUUAUUCAUAUUGCUUUUAUUUUGCAUCAACAUACGUAUAAGCUAUUUUACCUCAUUUUAAAUGCAUCCAGACACAUUGAAUGAUAUAUCUUUUUUAUUACAAUUACUCUGAGUUAUUAAAUCGCCCAUUUAUGAUGAGAGCAUACGUUGUAAAUAUAAACUGUUGCAAAAUUCCUCUUCUUGCUCAGGAGAUUAAGCAAAUUUAUUAAAAAGGACGUAUUUUUAUUCAUCCCAAAACAUUAAGAAACCGUACGCGUAAACAUGAGUUAUUUUACAGUUGUCCAAUCGACAUGUUGAUUUACCUCCACAUAAACUUUUGUCUGAACAACUAAAGAAUAAUUGGUACACAUAUUCAUAUACAUGUAUAUGAAUGAUUGAGUAAAACUGACAACUCAAGAAA